AUGGCAUGGGAUGAGCUCAACAUUCUCAAGAGUCUGCCCCAGCAUGAGAACAUUGUACCACUUGACCGCGUAGUCCUCGAGGACUCCGAGUCUCGUGUUAUUGGGUUCACAACAAAGUACAUCCUCGGCGGAACUCUUGACGAUUCAAAACUACCUUUUCGCUUCGAGUGGUUGCAACAACUCACCCAGCUUAUUGACUUCUUAAAUCUGGAUCUGGGAAUUAUGCAUCAAGAUGUUGCGCCACGCAAUCUACUCAUCGAUCCAGAAACACACAAGAUUCUUCUCUUCGAUUUUGACUGGGUUGCUUGUGGGAAAAAGAACCUGCUGGAUGGGCGUGAUGAUGUGACUGGCGUCGUGAUUGCUCUAUACGAGAUUAUUACGGGCGAUGAGUCUUUCACAGACAUCCCGCAUUGGGAUCGAACUAUGGAUAUGGUGCAAAGCAUUCCAGAGUGGCCUUGCAAUCGCGAACUUGAUGCUGGCGUAUCCACAUUUCGUGACUUUCUGAAUGAAUGGGUAGCAAAGCGAAAGUCCGGUGAUGAUAUGCAACAAUAUCUAAAUGCACCCAACCAACUUGGUUGGCCGGAUCUUCCAACGCCACCUGACUACGAUGUACCUUUCGAGAUGGGCACUGAUGCCAAUGGGGAGACGAGAUGGGUCACCGGUUCGCGAAUGAGGCGUACCGCGAUAAGGAAAGAACAGUAUAUCUUUCGAUGGGAAAGGCCGCCACAAAGCAGGUUAAGAAUGGCUGGAAAUAAGACUCACACUUAG